AAAAGAAUUUCAAAAAAACUAUUUUUGGAGCAAUUAAAAUUCAUUUUUGGUUUUGUAAUGUAAUCAAUAACGAAUUAACGCACUCUAGUGUUGAUCUGGUACAUCUCUAACCUCGAAUUGCUGUUGUUUUCCGACGUGGACUGUUUUGAAUGGACAACUGUCCCACAUUGUCGCUGAAUUCAUGAGAAACAUCAGUUCUGUGACAAUGCACCUCGACACUCCAAAAUCUUGAGUUAAAUGAAUGGAAGAACAAGCAUUGAAAACAAAAUACACAGUCGUUAAUGUAAAUAACCAGUUAUGACCUUGUCUGUUUAUCACCUGGAGCUACGCAGACAACAAAGAAAAAAUGAUCUUCAGCCGUCUCGCUCUGCUCACCUCGAUCCUGGCUCUGGUCCAAGCUAACCACGAGUACCAGAAGAAGCACCUCAUCUGCCUGAAGAACGAAGUGAAAUCCAUGUUCGAUCACGCCUACUCCAGCUACCUCAAGUACGCCUACCCCUACGACGAGCUGCGCUCCCUGAGCUGCGACGGUUUCGACACCUGGGGGAGUUUCUCCCUCACGCUUAUCGACGCCCUGGACACCCUCGCAGUGAUGGGAAACUACACGGAAUUCCGGAGAGUAGCUGAGAUCAUCUCUUCCAGGAAGGACUUCAAGGCGAACAUAAAUGUCUCCGUCUUCGAGACGAACAUCAGAGUCGUUGGGGGUCUCCUGUCAGCCCACCUCCUCUCGAAGAAGGCAGGAGUGAGACUGGAGCCAGGCUGGCCCUGCAAUGGUCCUCUUCUUCGUCUGGCUGAGGACAUGGCCAGGCGACUUCUGCCAGCCUUCGACACUCCCACAGGCAUGCCCUACGGAACCGUGAAUCUAGAGUACGGAGUGCCUGAUGGUGAGACCAGUGUCACCUGCACCGCAGGAAUCGGCACAUUUAUCCUGGAGUUUGGUACAUUGUCCCGAUUGACUGGUGAUCCCAUCUACGAGGAAGUGGCGAUGAACGCCGUCAAAGCCCUUCAUUUCUACAGAUCGAAGAUUGGACUCGUUGGAAAUCACGUGGACGUUCUGACUGGUCACUGGACAGCCACCGACUCUGGAAUCGGUGCUGGUGUCGACUCCUACUUCGAGUACCUGGCGAAGGGGACUCUGCUCCUCCAGGAUCCUUUCCUCGCGAAUAUGUUUCAUGAGUACAGGGGGGCCAUCGAGACGUACCUGAGACGAGAGGACUGGCACCUGUGGGUGUCCAUGACCGAGGGACAGGUCACCCUGCCGGUCUUCCAGUCCCUGGACGCCUAUUGGCCUGGGGUGCUGAGUCUCUUUGGGGAAAUAACUGAUGCCAUGAAGUCGCUGCAUAAUUAUCACAGGGUCUGGAAGCAGUACGGGUUCACUCCGGAGUUCUAUAAUAUUGCCCAGGGGGAGGCCGGGACCAACAGAGAGAGCUAUCCGUUGAGACCAGAGCUCAUCGAGUCGGUUAUGUACCUGUACAGGGCGACCAAGGAUCCUUAUCUGAUACAGUUUGGAGUCGACAUCCUCAGGAGUCUCCAACACAGUGCAAAGACCUCCUGUGGCUACGCCACCAUAAACGACGUCAGGGACCACAAGAAAGCCGACAGGAUGGAGUCCUUCUUCCUGGCUGAAACGACUAAAUACCUGUACCUCCUAUUCGACACCGAUAAUUUCAUUCACAACAAUGGACAGAAGGGGGACGUGGUGAGGACCCAGUGGGGACAGUGUGUAGUGGAUGCUGGUGGGUAUGUCUUCAACACCGAGGCCCAUCCCAUAGAUCCUGGAGCUUUGAGCUGCUGCAGGCCUGCUCAAAGUCUCUUCAAUGAUAAAAAAUCGGUCAUGGGGAAGUUUGUGCCUGCGACUCCUCCCCAGAAUGACGAAGAGGAGCUGAAUUCUCAGGUGGGGGAGACUGUGGAGUUCGAAAUUGACAGAUUAGUCGAUAUGAAAUUGAAGGAGGAGAAGCAGAGGAGUGCAGUGGAGAUGAUUAUUGAUGAAGACAUCAGUGAAAGUUCUGGGGAGAGUUCAACUGACGACAGUGGGGAGCGUCUUGAGGGGUCUGGGGCUGUUGUGGAGACUGAGGAGGAUGAGGGUAAGGGUGGAGAAGGCUCUGGGGGCUCUGGGGGACAGGCCAAAGGGCCGGAGCCCAGAAACACAACGAAAUCUUCUCCUCAGCCUGAGGAAGCACGGAGGAAGCCUUUCGUUCCUCAAGCGUUGCUCGAGAAAAUUCGGAGGCUCAAUUUGUAUCCCAAGAACGUGACACUUGCUGGGGAUUAUCAAGUCAUCUCGUGCUCUGCGCAGCCGUUCCUACAGAGGAUUUCUAUUGUGGGGGAAUUCUUCUGAUCGACGCAUUUUGUGGGGAUUUUAUUUAUUCAUGAAGACUGUGAUUUUGAAAACUUCAAUAAUUCCAGACGGAAAUUGAAAAUGAUGGGGAGAUUUGAUUUGGUGGAGUGUUUUAGCUCAUAUCAGUGCAAUUGUGUGCAAGUGGAUGUCAAUUUGGACGGGUUUUGGAGGCCUAAUCACAAAAAUUUGUGAAUUGUCAUGGAAUGAACAUUGUUGUUUAAUAAAAUGAUGUUUUCGUAUUUA